CAUCAGCUAUAAAAUCACUUGGAAAGCUACCCCUCCCUCCCAAUCUCUGUAUCCUCAGAAGAUCUGUAGCCCUUAUUGGGAUAUGUGACCAUGAGCUUGUUUGCUGCAUUAAUAGUAUUAUUUUUGUUCUUCUCUAAAGCUCUUUUCCAAGAUUAUCCAGUGUGGGUAACCUGUGACCCAGACUACUUUCAGGUCAUAAUGGAUAGAGAUCUUUUCCAGAAUGGGGUAGUUCUGAAUCCUGAGCAGGUGAUCCUGGGAGAACACUGCCAUGUAUCUACAAUCCUAGAAGACAAGUUUUUCUUCUUCUAUUCUAUCUUACAGUGUGGGAUCCAAAGAGAGAUGAAGUGGAAUAUGGUUAUUUUUUACAGUGUUCUUCACUGUUUUUCCUUAGACCACACAGAAGGUCAAAUUUGUGACAUACCUGUGAAGUGCAUAUUAGAUGAGGAAAUCACAAAACGUCCUCUUAUAGAGAAUUUCCCUCCUCCUUCAGUUGGGGUAGCUGGAGUGAAUGACUCUAGUAGACGUCAACUUCUUGGUCCAUCUGCUCCAAGGGAUCAGCAAGAUGUUGGGCAUAGGGAGGGAGAAAGUGGUCCCCAGGAUACAGGAGCAUCAACCCUAGCUCGGAAUGCUUUCCCAGUUCCCACCUUGUCACUGGCCUACCCUGUGUCUUGAGGACAAGAAACUUGUCAUCUAGCCAGUAACCCUGUCCCUCUGCGUGCUGCCUCAGGAUUUCCAUGGGCCAUUGGGUCCUGGGAUCUCGGCACUGGAAGUUGUAAAUAGCUGCCGAUACUUUUGUGAACCUUUUCAAUGGCUUUUUCAAAGAACUUUUAACCAAAGACCAUAUUCCAUAUGCUCAAAUUCUAA